AUGUCCAACUUGAACGGGCUCCCUUUACUCAGUGGUCCUCCACCGUCGCCGGGGACAGAUCGAUCACCGAACGCAUGUAGGAAAUGUAACAAGGAAUUCAUUCCCUUCUUUACACGCUCAACCCGAUGUAAUCACUGUGGCUACUUGUAUUGUGGGAGCUGCGCAGACUACCAGGCGCUCAUGCCCCGCCAUGGCGCAGCAUCUGGCUACGACCAAGUCCACGUCUGUGCAUUCUGCAUCGAUUUUCUUAACAUAACCGCAUCCAGUAAGUAUCAGCUCAAGUGCUUGCCGCUCUCCGAGCUUCGCCGCUAUGUCAACGCAUACAACAUUCCCGUCAAAGGCCCUAUCGAUAAGAAUGACCUCGUAGAUGUCAUCAUAUCUGCAAAGACACCGGCAGGCACCCUUCCCCCGUCGAAUGAAUCCCAUUAUCGCACCCAUGGUGUCCCCAAGCACCGUUCCUCGCGUCCCCGUGGGUUCUUCAGCACCCGUCCUCCACCCCCGACUACUCAGCAGCAAACGUCCACACCACCGACCGACUUCCCCCGUCCCGACCUUGACCCUCAGCCAACAUCAUACAGAACACAGCGCCAGACACCUCCCACGCCGCCCACACCUACGCCCCCUCCGCCUCAACCACAUCCACGACCAAGGACAGCCUCGCAGCCACGAACGCCGCCUCGGUCCGCGCCCCACUCCACUCCACGCCCGUCUCCGUCUACUGCCAGCCCGCCUCCUGCGCGCCCACCAACUGCACCUCGCUCACCACCUCAGCCAUCCACCUCAUCUACGCCUCAGCCUCCGCCCCCACUCUCGGCUCUCCUUGCAAUGUCCCCGUCGUCCCUCUCGCGCUUGCCUAUUCACACGCUGAAACAAAUAUUGUACGAAGCACGUGGAGAACUCGUGGCGCGCGUCAGUGCCUGGUUGGAGGAGGAGAGAACGGCAGAGGAGGAAAGAAAUAACAUGGAGAGGGAAGAGAGGGAACAAGAAGAGAGGGAAAUACGAGAGAGGGAGGAACAAGAAGAGAGAGAGAGGGCUGAAGCGGAAAGGUCAGCUAUGGAGACGGAGCAAGCCGAGUCAGAUAACGCCCAGAUGCACGACCCUGCCGAGAAUGUUGGGAUAAAUGACGAGUCCCAGCAGCAUCCUCCGCCACCUUCCUCCUCUCCACCAACAUCCCCACCUAGGACGACGUUCACAGAACGUUCGGGUUUAUGUGUCAUAUGCCAGGACCAGGAGGCAAAUAUCGCCAUCGUAGAUUGCGGACAUCUGGCCAUGUGCCGCACCUGCUCCGAUCUAGUACUCGCCUCAUCUCGUGAAUGCCCGCUCUGUCGCACUCGCAUCGUCACAGAGGCACGACUUUUACGGAUAUUCAAGACAUAG